CCUGCCCUCCAGCGACCCUGACUUUUGCCGCCAUCAACCUCCCCCUCCGUCAGCAACAGUAAAGGAAGAUGCCUUCACUUCAAAAAGCCUUACCUCCAGAACUUGCUGAUAAUGCGCUCAGAUUAUACCGCGAGUGCUUAAGGAGGGCUAAGUUCAUUGGUAGUCAGCAACACAACACCGGGCUUCUUGUUUCUAUGGUGAGGCAGCAGUUCAAGAAAAACAUGCACGAAGCAGAUCCAGUGAAGAUACAGAAAAUGAAGGAUGAUGCGGCAAGGGGACUUAUCAACCACAUUAUAUAUGAGUCCGAGAAGAUGACAGGGCGCAAGUUCUCGGGUUAAGAAAGCUGGAGGUAGACUCCCAGCAUAUGCUGUAUGAAUAACGUAGACCAGCUAAUGAUCCGCCUGGUUGCUGUCUUGCCGACUCAUUAAACUGUUAUUUUCCAGUUUACCGUGGUUAUGGAUGUAGUUGACGCAUGCCUGCUAAGCACUAUCCGGUUUCGCUGUUGGCUCAUUAAACAGUUAUUGGAUCAGCUGUAUUUCGCUGUGGUUCUGGAUGUAGUUGACCCAGAGAUGCUAAGCGUUUACGUGGUUUGGCUCAUCUUCUCCGAGCUUGGA